CCCAGUGUUGGUAGCCAUGUCUAGUAUUGUUUACCGCUCCCUGCCGUUGUAGGCUAUGUGCUGGCUUCUCUUCCUGCUUGAUUUUGUCCUCAACAGAAAGAGAGAAUGAACGCGCCCGAAAACGGCGCGAGUAAAACGCGAUUGCUAUUCUUGCAGUAGGUUGACGUCCCAAUCUGAUUUAUUCCCUGGCCUUGGUAUUAUCUCUUCAAAUGCCAGGCUAGGCACGAUGCGGUUGAUGAAUCAAGCUCUAGUGCUGGAGCUGAGGCGCCAGCUGGAAGGGACCCGGGCGGAGAUAUCACAUUUGGGUUCGGAGACUUACCAUGCGGAUAUCAAGUCCUGGUCCGAAACAUGCGAGAAGGAUGCUGGGGCCAUCGUCAAGGUCACCUCCGCGGAAGAGGUUUCCAAAACCAUCGUCUUUGCGCGACGUCACAACAUUGAAUUUGUUGCCAAAGCAGGGGGCCAUUCGACCAGCAGCGAGUCUGCAACCCGCGGUGGAAUCGUGAUCAGUCUAGAAAGGAUGCGAGAUGUUGUCGUGGAUCCCGCCUCGAAGACUGUACGCGUCCAAGGUGGCUGCAGGUGGGAGGACGUGAAUCAAGCGACCAGCGCGUAUGGCCUUGCGGUGGUGGGAGCGACAGCGAGUCAGACAGGGGUAAGCGCAUCAGCUUUGGGUGGCGGAUUUGGGUGGCUCACUGGGCAAUACGGGCUGAUCAGCGACAACCUGGUGAUGGCGACUAUGGUUUUGGCGGAUGGCAGCGUUCUUGAGACAUCGGAAGACCGGCACAGUGAUCUCUUUUGGGCGAUUCGCGGCGCUGGUCAGGCGUUUGGGAUCGCGACGGAGCUGGUCUUCAAAGCGCACAGUAUCCCCGACAAGGUGUUUGGAGGCUCGCUCAACUUUGAAGCCGACAAACUCGCCACAAUCGUCGCGUUCGCGAACCGGUUCCAUCAGCAGCAAGACGAACACAGUGGAUUUUUCUUCGGCUUCAGACGCCCCUCUCCUGAGGAUGAAUGCGUGGUUAUGACGCUGCUCUUCUACAAUGGUCCUAUUGAAAAGGCGACCGCGUUCUUUGAACCGGUUCUCUCACUGCAGUGCGCGCUUGGCAAGGCCGAUAUGAUGUCCUAUACAGAGGUGAAUAGACUCGCCAAUGUCGAGCCAACACCAAAAGGUCGGAAAUGGAUUGGAGGAACCGAGAUCAGCUUCCCACUGGAAGAGAAGCUGGCCCACGAGCUCUGGCUUGAGUUCGAUCGCCUUAUGCAUCUUUCCCCCACCAUGGACAACAGCGUACUGGCGUUUGAGCUUCUGCCCUAUGGGCAAGUCACCAGUGUACCGAUUGAGGCCACUGCAUGUGCCAACCGUGGCCACUCUUACAAUGCGGGAUUACUCUUGUGCUGGCAAAACCCUGACGAUGACCCAGUCGUCACUCAGAAAGGUAGGGCACUUUUGCGCAACAUUCGAAGGUGGCAACCGCUCUCCUAUAUCGAUGGCGAUGACCACGUCCGGGCUUACGCUAAUUACGCUGGGCACAAUUACAGUCCCAAGUACGUCUUUGGAGUCAACCUGCCGAGACUCCAAGAGUUGAAACGGAGGUACGACCCGCACAAUGCGUUUCAUAAAUGGCACAAUCUGGUCACUCCAUCUGAAGAUAUUCCUCGGUGACAUCGAUUGACCCGCUCUCGCAAUACUUGACUGCACACUGUAUGGUCUCAACCUCCAAAUCCUUGCAGGACCUUCAAUCAUAUCGAAGCAGCGAUACUCUCAUAUUAACUACUCUUCUCGUGAAGAGCUUUUGAUUGCACAUCUUCGUCCCCUUCGCCCACAAUCGUCAGCUUUAUCUGCCCCCAGUGUAUUUAUCGCGUUUACCGGCUUAGUCGAACGUAGAAUGACAAAAUCUUCAGGACUCCGGUGUCGUAGGGGAUAAGGUUAUAGGUCUAUCCAUUGUGCGUUGCAGAUCUGUGGGAUCUCCCCCAAGACCCUCUCUUGCUGCGAUAACCAACGAGAGAGCUGGGGGUAGUAGAAGACUCUAUAUUGCAAAGCUCAGAA